GGAAUGGGGAAUCCGCGGCGCCAUGGACCUUCCUGAUUGGUUCACGGCAUAUCCCUUUCCUUGGUUCCAGGUGUUGUUUGGCAAUGGAGGAGUAGACCCGCCGAUCCUCAGCAUGUUGCUGUUCUCCAUCAAUUCGAUAGCAGGUGCCAUCGGUGCGCCCAUCUGGGCCUCCUUGGCCAAAAGGGCACAACCCCGGCACCUCUUGGCUGCAGGCAUGCUCCUGCAGGUGCCUUUUCUGACGUACAUGCUCUGUGUGCAUCGUCCCAAUCUCUCCUUGGCCAUCACGUUGGUUUUCUUCCAGGGCUUAGCGAGUUCAGGCUCACUGAUCUUCAUUUGCUUCAACUUCAUGAUGAGUAUCAAGGCGGAUGUGAGCCACGCAGCCUAUCGCAUGGGCAUCCUGGAGAUGACCCGACAGGCAGUGACGUGGUUCAUCACGGCUUACAUCUUCAUGGCCUCACCCAGUACCAAGGAGGGUACUGCUGGAGAACCACUUCCACCUGCCGUUUAUUGGCUGCUGCUCCCGGCCACUGCAGUGGUGGUCCUGGCUACGAUGGUUCCGGGCGUCCUCUUCUGCAUGGCCCCGGGCCCCUACCGUGAAGAUGGACUGCCCAGCUGGGAAUUCAAGAACUUUUGGAAGAAAGGAAGCUUUGUGAUUCUGUCCAUCUCAGAUAUUCUCGGAAGCUUGGUGGUUUUCCCCAGCACUUGCUACAUCCAGUGGUGGUUGGCCAAUGGCUGGGACGAUAUGUCUCUGGCGUUUCUGAGCGUUGUCUUUGCGUUCGCCUUGGCAGGUGUGACCGUCCUGUGGGCGAAGGCCUUGGGAAGUGCCAUGAUGCACGGCUUCGCGUUGCUCAUGGGCGUGACUUUGCUGCUGCCACCGGCCACCAUCCUCCGCGCCAUCGUGCAAAUGGAGGUCUCUACCUUCACCUUUUUGGGACGAUCCAAUGUGGCCGUGAUCAUUUGUUGCCUCUCGCUGAUCUACGAGGGAGUUCGAAUGUCUUCAGCUUGGGCUGUGAAGGUCCGGGUGCUGAAUUCCAGGUGGAGGUUGUUGAGCUAUGGCACUGUCGCAAUCUCUUUGCAAGGAUUCGCGAGUUUUCUCUCGCCCUUCCUCUGUGAAUACCUGGCGCGACGGCACGCCACGACCUUUAUCUCCGCCAAUCAGAAGGAGUUGGCCGACGCAACGUUGGUCACCAUGGUGCCGUUGUCGCUGGUCCAAUUUGCCAUGCAAAUCGUGGCAGCGCCUUGGAUCCGGCAUGACUUGGGGAUUGCUUCCUCGCACUCGCUGUAUCGCGACAGUCGGGACUUUUUUCGCUGCCGCCAUUGGACCUUGAAGCGUUCGGCCUGGCGGCGGCUGCCACCGCAGAUGGCCAUCUUCUGCGGCGUGGCCUUAGGCGCUCUUGCCCUUUCUGUUCAGAGUCAUUUGAUGGAAAGGCCCAUUCCCUUCGCUCCGGUGCGGCUGUGUUCGGGCGGCUUUCAACGGUCCGCCUGCGAACAUCUGGCGGAUGAGACCGAUCCGCGAGCCGCAGACAUCUUUGGAGUGCGUGGGAAAGGCAGUUAUGGGCUGAAUCGCUUUGGACACAGCACCAGCGGGAAGUUCAACUGCCAGGUGCGGAUGACAAAGCUUGAGGGAGACACCUUCGUCUUUUGGCCCAAGGGCAGAUGUCAAGUUUGGAGAUGUCACAAUGGUAUCGAUGGCCGCCGGGGCAAACCCAGCACGGACGGACGAGAGGUUUGGUCGCAGCACUGCAACGUCUCAGGUCAGAACCAUAUCAUGGCGCAUCUCUUCGAAUGGCCUUGGCCAGAUGUCGCUAGAGAGUGCGAGUCUUAUCUGGGCCCGGCUGGCUUCAGCGCGGUGCAAGUCUCGCCCCCCGCAGAACAUGUGAUUGGACCUUCCUGGUCCACACGUUAUCAGCCCGUUUCCUUCAAGUUGGAUUCCCGUGGAGGAACGCCUGAUCAGUUCAAUGACAUGGUGACCAGGUGA